UUCAUUAUUUUCCAUACCUGUGGAAUAGUUGGAGGUUUAGUUGAGCGUAUUGUUCUAUAUGCAGCUGAUGUGGAAUGACUGAGUGCAUUGUUUAUGCAUUCAGCGCAUGACUUACAUUUGUGGGACUUGUUUAUACACCAGUAUCACUGAGGGAGAGUUUAUGGAUGCAUGUCUGGCAUAUUUCGUACAGUCAUCACCGGAGUAGAUUGAGUGACCGAGUUGGAAGAGCUUAAUUAGAUUGUGUGGAUAUAUUGAUACCUGAAUUCAGUCCAGCUUGGCCUCGAUCUUUGUGCCUCCAUUGUAAGAGAAUAUCAAGCAUUCAUCUCAUUGUCAACAAAACCCAAGUGGUUAUUGUGCUUGGCAAAGCGAAAUAAAUGCCGAUCGUGAAUCCAUGAUGGACAGGUAUUGAGCAGACAACGAUUUUUCUGGCGGUUGAUUGUGCUGGCGUGUCACAGCAAACAGGGAUGAUGGCAGGCGUGUGUUUUUAAACAGCUCAACGAUGUGGGGUGAAGUCGGGCAUCCACAGCCAUAAACACAAAGCAUAUGUCCAGAGAGAUCUGACAUUGGGAACAUAGUAAUCUUUGUCAAGUUGGAGCAGACAUCAGCUGGAGUUCUUUUCCCCGCUGCAAAACUGAUAGACUUUUCUUUGGAUAUCUAUCAACAAAAGCAGGGAGGACUUGUCACCUGGUCCAGAGUCUGAUCAUAAAUGUUUUGACUCCCACACAAAAAGGUUCUGUGGACUGUUUGUGGAGGGAAUAUUAUCUGACAAUACUCCUCACAAUACCUGUGCUUGGGAGUGCAUUCAGUGGUUCGGGGCAGAAGUUGCGAGGCUGCUUCAUAAUAAUGUGGCAGAUGUGAAGUUAUUGAAGUGGAGCCAUCACACUGAGAGGAAUUAGUUAGGAUAGAACCCACUGAGGAAGACCGACGCCUGUGCUAGUUCGUUUCUAAACUUGAAGGUUAAUAUAACUGUAACUAUGUGCCAUGGACCAUGAAAUUAGCCACGUGCCUGUUAAGGAGGGAUGUUUGGUUGUAGUCGGUGAGGCAUGUCUGACAAGUGUCUUUGUUAAGUGAUGUUUGAUAUGUGCGUGUAGGUAUACAAGCCUGAUCAUGAAGUGUCACUAAUACACCUACAAGAUUUUCAAGUAGCAGACGUCAACUUGACAACUGAUGAAUUUCAAGCCAGUCUUUGUUCUAGGUGUAAUUUGUUGGAAGAAAUUAAACCAGGAGAUUUCCACUUUGACGACCGUGAUUUCUUGAUGUAUGGACCCAGGCUUUGUCCCAAUUGGUCAGACACCGAGACUUUUCAUUGGCAAUUCAGGACCAAAUAAUGAGGAUUGAUUAUCGUGUUAUUAACCACCUGCCUGUGGAAUAUAUGUUAUUAUCACAUGACUGUGAUUUGUGAAGAGGUCAGACUGAGCAACAGUUUGGAUUCCGUUCCAAGUCAACUUUGAUUACUUCAUUGAUGGUCACAAGUUGGCACUUUGUGAUCUUGUGGUUACUUUGUGUCCUGAACAAACUACUUGGAGAUUAUUGAGUGGAAAAGUUGUUUAAGAUCAGUUGAAUGAUCUGUGUGGAUUUAUUGCAGUGUGUGUGUACAGGUACAGUGCCAGUGCCAUUUAGAUGAGGUAGAUGCCUGGGGCUUAUCCUAAUCCUGUUGACAGAGACUUGCACAAGAGGGAGAGGACGUAACAUUGUUUGCUUGACUCAAACUGGCUUAGAUACACUGUAAUUUGCUUCAGUACAAGGGUUAACUUGUUGACGGUUGUCCGUGAAUCCACCACAUUGGGACUUCAAGAGGCUUUAUGAGGUUGGGAGAGGUGUGAGGAUUCUCUCCUCCGAUUACUGACCAAACAGUGUCACACUGUCGACUAUUGUUCCUUGGGGCAGACGGCUGGUUGUGAGUCAGUGUGACCGUCUGCACGCUCAUCCGAACUCUCAAUCUCCCCCACAAUCAUCACCGUGGGUUUACAAGCUACAGAUGGGAGUGUGAAUCAUUAUCUACAGUUUUUCCGUGCUGUAAUCCCCCUUCGUGCAAAUGUACGGGUGACACCCUGACCCUCACGUCUCAGACACACGCCUCCAAGUCACCAAGAUUCCUUGCGGCAGAUGUAAUCACUGACUUUUUUCUGUGAAGAAUUUCAAGAGUUACAUAAUUUGAUGCAGCCUAAGUGUGUGAUGUAAUCGAAUAUUUUUUGUUUUCCUAGUCCCAAGCAAACAAAGAGUUAUCACUGAUCUUGCGUUGCACCCAAGCUAUCACUUGCGUCUCUAAAUGCCAUCUGUCCUUGGAACAGCAGAGAGUGAUUCUAGCCAAGCUAACUCCACACAGGAAUUUAUCUUACAAAGGACAGAAGCCACAUCCUACAACUUCUCCCAUGUGUGUGAGGCAUGGCAGAAUGUGACAGUUUAAACUAUUGAAGCACUGUCAUUGGUUAAUUCGAAGAAGCCCUGGAAAGGCAGCAUCAAAAUGUGCAUGUGCACCAAAGUGCAAGAGUGUGCAGUUGUUGUUUUUUAAAUCUGAAACCCCCUCCAACUUGAAAAUGCAUACAGCAGGCUGCUAACAAUUUUUCUUUGCUAAAACUUUGUUUUUGCAUUCUUUGUUCGAAUUCUGUGAGUUAACAGUCCAUGAAUUCCUAAUGUCGAUGUUGUGACAUACCCAAGGUUCACAUCACGUGUCAGGGACUCAAGGGUUGUGAUCGCAUGUCACGGUGCCACCGAGGUAAUGUGACAGGAGACGCACUUGACAGCAGACGGUCAAGUGUGUCGUUCUACAACCAUAGUGACCUGCUACCUUAGAUCAACCCACAUUCAACUUGAAAAACUCGGAUAUUGCUCUUUUCUCAAUCAACGUUUCCACCUCAGGUCCUAUAGGAAAAAAUGACAGCAGACGGUCAAGUGCAUCCAUCUCUGCCAUGAGGGUGACCUGCAGCCUUAGGAAUCGUGAAAAAUAAUCUGGAUAUUGCUCAUUUAUAUUGAUUUGUGGAACUGUCACUGUUCGUGCUUGACUUAAUGGUUCAAGAGAGGCAAACGGUUUAAUUCUGGCAUUGUUGGACAAUUACACGCCUAUGCAAGAAUUAUUCUCUCAUUAUUUCCCUGCUGUGAGAUAAUUUACACACAUGGAGUGACUGGUCAUAUAUUCAUGAUGGUGAAGGAAACAGGGUAUAAUAAUCUGCUAUCAUUACCUAGAAAGUGGGACAUAUCAAUAACGUUAGCCUACCAGUACAAGUAACUAUGUGUUGACUGGCUGGAUGCUAUUGUUCAUUGGGUAAUAUUGAUCUGUUAUACACUCUCCCUUGUGCUGGACCAGGACCUGUAUCAUGAGUUUGUGAGACGUGGAGUCAACACCAGGAUCAUUAAGUGAGUGAUCUAAGUAGAUAUGUCUGGAGACAUUUACGGAGAUAAAAACACAUCAGAUGCAGCAAGUUUGGAUUUAAUGGCUUUAUGUUUAGCUAAUAAGGCCCAGGUUUUAUCUGCUUCAGUUCAAGUGAUUACCUAAUGUGACUGAUGACCUCAAUCCUGGCAGAUGAUAUGAAAAUCUAAUGUGUCUUGGUUUUCUAUCUUGUGCAUCUUUGAUACCCUCUGAGGAGGAGAGUGGCACUGUCAACUGUUUGGUGACUUGAUGCAGAGAAAUGAUGACAGAUGCUAUCUAUCAACGGGUACAUGAAUAUCAUAACUGAUAACGAUGUAGAAGACCCCUGUUAAAUGGCUGGGUUUUCAGGACAUAAUUGAAUUUUGGGAUACAAACACUGUUCAGCUGAUUGGAGACUGACAGUACAUCAGUUGUGGAUAUAUUAUUUGUGAUGUUAUACAUUGGUAAAAUUUGGGUGUACCAAUUUUGUCAUCAAACUAAGUUGCUAUGAGACUUGAAUAAAUCAGUUGUGGAUACACAGUCAAAAAUGAUCUGAGACAGUUGUGGAUUUAUGGUAUUGUGGAUUUAUAUGUUGGAAUAUGGUGCUUAUACAAGAGUGCACCAUGAAGACGAACGUACAAGAAGACAUGGAAAGUCUUCCCAAAAUACCACCCCCCAUGGACCUAAUUCAGUGCACCACCCUCAAGAUACGUUCCCCCGAGGGAGAAGGACCGCAUUCCCCUCUCUCCCUGAAGGGAACCCCAUUUAUCCCCGGCUACUCCGACGUUGGAUCAGGGAAGUGUGAGAAAUGCACAAAAGGAAAGUGUACAGCCAAGUUUAUUCACUUACAAGAACUUCCGUUUGGCUGGGAGAAGGUGGAGGACCCCCACUAUGGGACAUAUUUCAUAGACCACGUCAACCGCCGCACCCAGUAUGACAAUCCUGUCUCCACAGCUAAAAAAGAGGAUGAGUUGAAUGGGACAAGCACUUAUCCUCGACCAAGGAAACCUCAAGAUAGUGCUAAGAGGUCAGCCAGUGACUCCAACAUGAACGGCCAAACAGCUGAUAGCCGCAAGCCGUUCUUCACAAAAAAUCCCUCGGAACUGCAGGGUGAUUUUAUACGAACUUCCUUAGUGAAAAGUAUCCGUGGAUUUGGAUUUACUAUUAUCGGAGGUGAUCAUGUGGACGAGGAAUUCCUGCAGAUAAAGAGUGUGGUUGAGAACGGUCCUGCUUACCUGGAUGGGAAACUUCGGACAGGUGACGUGCUGGUCUAUGUCAACAACAGCUGCGUGUUGGGGUAUACCCAUCAGGACGUGGUGAGUCUCUUCCAAACCAUUCCACCGGGAGACACUGUCAUGCUGGACAUAUGCCGGGGAUACCCUCUGCCCUUUGACCCAGCAGAUCCCACCAAUCGUAUCAUCACUACCGUGGCUGUCAAUUUACCUCAGGACGGGAUCACGCCCCAUUUGCCGUCAUACUCGGGUGGAUCCAAGGACAUGGAUUUCUUGAACUCGUCGCAACCGAGCAUGAAAUCGUUGCCCGAUUUGGCCCGAUCGGCCCACGUAAACCCCAAUACUAGUUUCUCACAACACAGCAUGCCUGGCGAUCUUGCUAAUUCGGACAAUGCCCCCGAUGUGUUGAAUCUGAUGUCUUCGAAACCAGAACAUAUUAUUGUUCAUAUAGUGCGGGGGAGUAUGGGGUUUGGCUUCACCAUAGCGGACAGUCCGUACGGACAGAAGGUGAAGCAGAUUCUGGACAGGCCUCGGUGUAAGAGUUUAAUGGAAGGUGAUAUUCUGGAGGAAAUAAAUGGAAUUAUGGUGCGCGAGAUGUCUCAUGCACAGAUUGUGGGCGUAUUGAAAGACUGCCCUGUUGGACAACCUACAAAAAUUAUUGUGCAAAGGGGAGGACUGUCAUCACAUAAAAAUAGAAAAAUGAAAAUGUCGAAAAGUUUUGAAGAGAAGCAUGGCGGUGAACCAGGGCCCAUCAACCAGCCGGGUGCGUACUUCUUUACAGGGGAUCAGGGAGGUGGACAUAACCAUAUCGGAGAAUUACCUGAUGAGGGCUUUGAUAGCCAUAACAAUGGGCAUACCUCCAGCCAGGAAUCGGAGUUGGCGCACUCGGCAGAUGCUGAUGAAGUUGAUGCUCCCUCGACAACAAGGACGAAGACGCCAACCAAGGAAAUGGGGAACAGACCCAAAACUCCCUCCAGUAGUGAACAGAGACCCAAAACACCAUCCGAACGCCCCAAAACACCUACAAAGAAUUAUGGCAUUACUAUGGACAACAGGGGGAGGCCACCCAUUUCUGCUCGGCCGGAUAUGCCGACUAGGCUUCAAGAUUUACAUUUAAGGAAUGAUGAAAAUUCCCACGAUAUUAAUAACCAUCAUAAUCAUUCCCGGACAGAUUUUUAUAAUUCGGGUAAUUAUGAACAUGCAAAUUCCCGACCUCCCCCGGGACCCCGAGACCAUCAACGUCACAACGAUCACGGGUUCCGGCAAGAGGGCCGACGGCCUGAAUUCCGUCACGAUCCUUAUGGUAGUCCUCGAAGUAAUUAUCCUAUGCAAAAUUCUUUUGGUGAACGAAGGGAAACCGACCGAGAAGGGAGGUAUGGCUACGACAGGGGUGAUAAUGCCAAACCGGGACAAUUUCGUAGUCGUACGCCGGGGCCCGAGUUAAUGAAUCGUGGUGUGGGCCCGGACUAUCGAACUGAUACUCACAGACCCAAAACUCCAACAGCUCAAGAUAUGAGAAGUAAAACUCCAUUGCCAAAUUUUUCUCAGAAUGCACGUGACUACAGCCAAAGUGGGAGGUACACUCCAAACCCUGCCUGGCAACAUGGACGAUCGUACCAACAAGAUUUUAAUCGGCAAUGGCCGGGGGAUGUGAAUUCACCACCAAUAUCAAGAAGGUUAGAAUCCUUCGAAAACUCUGUUCAUGAUCGCAGUUAUGGUAGUGACUAUUCUCGGAACGCCAACACAAUUGGCCAAGGAUCGCCUGGCGGUGUUGGCCGACCGCCUAGGCAGAGCACGUCAUUCGAAACGGAGGAUCCUACGCCUAGCAAUAUCACUCGAGUGCCUAAACGGCCUCCGUUGUAUUCAGGGUCUUCGUUUUCUAAUCCAGGAGGACAUUCUCCAAGGAAUAUGAAUCGUUUUCCUGAGCAGCGUGAGGAUGACUCGCACUUUAUGGAGAUGACGGUGCAUUUACAUCGGCACGAGAGCGGAUUCGGGUUCAGGAUUAUUGGCGGCACGGAGGAAGGCUCACAGGUCUCAGUCGGGCACAUAGUCCCCGGUGGUUCCGCAGACUUGGACGGCAGAGUUCGCACUGGAGAUGAGAUUACAUUCGUAGACAACAACUCCGUCAUCAACUCCUCGCAUCAUCGAGUCGUGCAGCUCAUGGGCGCCUCCUCCCUCAAUGGGCGGGUAACUCUGGGCAUUAGGCGGAGGAUGACCUCAUUUCCAGAUGUAUCUCAGACGAAUGCUAACACGUCAUCCCAGUCAUUCCCGUAUGACGUGACCGUCACCCGCAAAGAACGGGAAGGUUUUGGGUUUGUAAUUAUAUCCUCUGUGACGAAGGCGGGGACCACCAUAGGUGAGUUCAUUGACAAGGGGGAUGCUGACGCGUCAAGUGAAUCGGUAGAAAAGUCCAAGCCGCGUGUUCCGUGGAUCGGUCGCAUAUUAGAUAACAGUCCAGCUGAGCGAUGCGGCAGAUUACAUGUCGGUGAUCGCAUCCUUGCCGUCAACAACAACGACAUCACAAACAUGCACCAUGAAGACAUCGUCAACCUCAUCCGGGAUUCAGGCUACUCAGUUAAUUUGUCCAUUGGUCCACCACCGGGUAAGGCUUCAGAUGACAACUCAAGCACAGCCAGUACAUCACAGAGAAGCUCCCAGGGCUCAAUGGUGAACGCCAUGGCGUAUCCGGCUGUGGGGGAGAACGAGAUCAGUCGAAGGCCAGACGUCUCUCCACACCACCAGACAUGGGACAGGUUUCCUCCCCCGACAGCUGAGAAACCCAAAGACUUGUCUCGAUCUCGCGUCCAGAACCAUCACGAGCCUGAGGAAGGAGAACUGUACAAUGUGGAACUGCAUCGGGGGUCGAGAGGUUUUGGUUUCUCCAUACGUGGGGGCCGCGAGUUCAACAACAUGCCGCUAUUUGUGUUAAGAAUCGCAGAGGGCGGGGCGGCGGAUGUGGAUUGUAGAUUACGGGUUGGAGAUCAGAUUCUUGAAAUCAACAGUUACCAGACGGACAACAUGACUCACACAGAAGCAAUUGACAUCAUCCAAGGUGGCGGCCAGUCUGUGCAGUUGCUGAUGCGGAGGACGGGGAAGCCCCCGCCAGUGUUUGAUGCUGGUUCAUCCCCGAUGAGUCGCUAUCCGCCCGGAAUGACUGCUGCUAACGGCCCAAUCGGCCACAGCUCCCCUCACCUGGGCCGGAGACAGAUCCCCGAGAAUCGCGAGGACUACUUCCAGAGCUAUCCGCCUAACUCACGACCGUUCCAAUACUGAAUUGCUGUUUAAUGUAACUCAGAGAUGGCAAAAUACAAGAUGGUGCACCCUUUUUGAAGUCAAAGGGCAACAGUUUCAAUCUCAGUCUGGACAUUAAUUUGGCAGAUUAGGUGAAAUUGAUUUCCAUGCUGAGUUGCCAUCAAAGCAAAUAAGAUUGAUUAUUGUGCACCAUCUUAUGAUUUAACAGUCUUAACGGAAACAGUCUCAGCAUCUUUGUGGCGAAUCAGUUUUUGCGGAAGAGGUGAAACUUGUUGAUGAGACGGGAGCCGAGUGCCGGCCUGGAUGGUUGAGGACAGACAUCAGUAGGUGUGUGUGGGAAAAUGGUUGCUCAGCAACCAGAUGGAUUGGCUGCCAGACUGCAGAGGUUGUACAGUUACCUUGGUUGUCUUGACAACAGGUCCUUGUGAAGGAUCUCAGACAUUUCAAUUGGAUUAGAUGUAUUUGUCCAAUUUGGAUUUUACUUGUCUAUAUUUUAAAAAAUGCCAGUAUAUUCUUUACUGGGUAUUUUAUAGAUUUUUGUACAGUGUAUAUAGAAAGCCUUGUAGCUUGGAUGAAUGAGCUUUUACAUAUGUAGUGAACAUACGUUGAACGGUUUCUUAGAGAGAGAUGAAUUUAUUAUGUACUAUUUUUAUGUUGAACUAGUCGACGGAGUGAUGAGUCAGCAAAAUGAUGGGGUCCGACAAUUGGGUGAUACGACGGAGGACUAUAUGCAAUGAGUCUCAGUUAAAUAAACAAAUAAUAAAGCUUAUAUGCAACGAUGUAGUGCAUGGAUUGGAUGUCUUGCAGAACUGUGAUUCUUAAAACACUAUCGCAAUACUCUCCACAAGGUGGGCCUCUUUGCUUUCAUAUAUCACACGAUGUCAAACUGACAGGUUUGUGUCUGUCUGAAACAUUUUACUUUUAACAAGUCUGAGUUAUGUACUCUGUACAUCAUUAGAGGUUAUGGUUACUCAAUACUGACAUUUGAUUCAUAAUAUUUUAUUAUUAUUAACAAAAUUUAAUGUCAUCUACAUCAAUAUAAAAAUAAAAAAACAAUUCUUUCUUUAAUAAUGAAGAAUUAGAAUCUAAUUGAUAUGAUGGUAUUUCAAGUAAAGUCAGCACUUAUUAAACUCUGUAUUACUGAAUCCAAAACAGUGUCUUUCUUUUUACCAUCUCUUUAAGUAAUUUCUAUUAACACAAUUGGAUGUCAACUACAUCAAUAUAAAACACAAUGCUUCCUGUAAUGAAGAAUAAUUCAAGUCUAGUUGAUAUGAACAUACUUAAUCUCUGCAUUACUGAAUCCAAAACAGUUUCUUUGUACUGUCGGGGCAGUCGGGUAGCCUAGUGGUUAAAGCGUUUGCUCGUCACACUGAAGACCCGGGUUCGAUUCCCGACAUGGGUACAAUGUGUGAAGCCCAUUUCUGGUGUCUCCCAGCCGGAAUGCUGGAAUAUUGCUAAAAGCGGCGUAAAACCAUACUCCCUCUUUGUACCGUCUCUUUAAGCAUUAAUUAUCUAGUAUUUUUGCCUUGAUUUACUGUGGUGAUGAUUAAUGAAAGCAAAGAGGCUUCCACCCUGUCUACUUCAGUGGGUAUGUUACAAUCAUAGCACCAGUGCUGUUGUCCAGACUUCCUGCUAGGAGGUCAUAUGCAUUGUAACCCGCAUUGUUCCCAUUCUUGUAGUAAAAGUCAAAACAUUUUCCCAUUUUUAUUCUGAAAAUAAAAUGUCAGUUCAUAUUUUACGAGUACCGGUAGUACUGAUGUACCCAAAAUUGUUUCAAUGAAAGUGAUCAAUCCACAUUGUUUGUUUAUGAAAUCUGGCUAGUCCCCGGACUAUUUGUUACUUUUAUCAGUGUAUUUUAUCCUUAUUAAAGUAUGUCUAUGUAUACUACUAACGCCUAUACGUGCAGACUACACAUGAAAUUUACGUAGUAUUUUCUUAUUGCAUCCUGAAUGCUCAAAGCAUGAUAAUCAAAACAUUUGAAUGUUAUUUAUGGUGUCUGAGAUUCAAGAAUGUCCCACUAUAUAUGAGAUACCAAACAGUUCCGACGACUUCAGAUUGAAUCUAAUGGUUUGUUUAUUUUGCCCCCUAUAUUUUGAUGGCAUGAAAGGCAGUUUUAGUACUCUCCUAAUUAUUUAUGAUUUCUUCUGUGUUGUUUCUGAUAUUUAUUUGGACUCAAUGGCUACGUUCAAGAGUUUUGUCCAUCCAGUAGGCAGUUCAAAUUGUUUUGUAGAAAUAUAUAAUAAUUGUCAUGCAGUUUAAAGAAAAAUACCAAUGGCUGUCAUUGCUUGUUAACUCUAGUUUGUCUAAAAUUCUUAUUUGUUUAUGACCUGUUCAUAAAUUACAUGAUCAUUACAAAUAGAACUGUGUGCUGCUUCAUCUACUCAAGACACACAGCGAUUAUCUAAAAGCUGUUUUUGCAAAUAGCACAUCAUGCUAAUGGAACUGCCAAAACUCAUCAACAUCCUUCUUUCAUGUGUGACAAUCUUGCAUCAUCAAUGAAAGCCAUUUCCGUGGCCAUGCUUGCAACUUUCAAUCAACCUGCCCCCUUCAUAGAACAUACUUAUAAUUUAUCAAAGAACCUGUACACUAUCAGAUCGUAUACUAGCACCAUAGGCAGCUAAGAUGUGGAGGUUCAUUCUUGAAGACCUGUUGAUGAAUCUCUUGCUUGAAAAUUUCAUCAGACAUCAUGUAGAAUAUUUGCUCAUUCUCAUACCAAUCUCUUUCAUGCUAUUAACAUCCCAGAGAAAUACAGAAAUUCACACAUACAAGUAGUGAGCCAGCAUCAGGUGUGUGUUAAGGGUAUCCUCAAGUCUUGGGAGGGCUUUACCAAUUGUCUUGUAGAUAGCGGAACUGACUGUACUUUGUCUACAUUCACUGUAAGUACCAUACUUCAUGUGUAUCACUUACCACAUGGAUUUUGUAUAACUGAAAUAAAUAUAUGCUGAAAUA